AAAGUAGAAACCCUUCGCCUAGCUUUUAUCCAAACCAUGGUACGCAACCAUCUCCUGUGUUCGUAGCCUCUUGGUUACAUUUUCUCCCACUGAACACUUCCAAUUUUCUGAUCCUUCUCUCUCUACGUCCAUGGCCUCUGCUAUCACGUUCAACUGCUCCCUAACCGCUCCAAUCCGGGCCUCGCCCGGAUCCGCUAGAAAACCAGACCAGAAUCGCAGGACUGCUUCUUCCACCUGGUGGGCCCCGCUCUUCGGCUGGACCUCCGAUCCCGACUACGUAAACUCAAUCUCCAGCACCGGCCCUUCCGACAUUGAUGGAUCCGAUGGGCAAUCCGCUAAGUCGAAGUUCGAUUCGGAACUGGAUCGGCGAAGAACCAGAUUCGCUCUGGGUUGCUUCACAGAAGAGAAAGCCAGGCAGCUUAGAAAGAAGACAAUGGAGAGUAGUUCGUUUCAUGAUAUAAUGUACCACUCUGCGAUCGCGUCUCGUCUCGCGUCCGAUACAUCUGGCCGGUCCCAUAAGUAAGCCGGAGCUACGGAGUCCGGUGAGUCCCCGAAUAGUAGGGGCCCAAAAUUUGUCGAAAACUCGAAUUAUGAUUGUGAUACGAACAUUUUUUUUUCCUUUUUUUUUUAAUUUUUGCUUUUCGUAUGUGGGGUUGAGAACACUUAUUUUAGGGUGAGUACUGUAUGCUUAAACGGGCGGAUCUUCGGUGAACGGUCAUUUGUUGGCAUUCUCAGCAUAAUCUGGUGUGCAUCUUAUGGCAAUCUCAAAUGGUAUUAAAUUAUUAUUGAA